GCUGUCCGGCGCUUGGGAAGGCGCGUACGGAGGCCCACGAGGCUCCAGGGUCCUCGCCGCUGCACGACCUCCCGCGGUGUGAGCGCAGUAGAUGUCCCAGCGUGUUAGAAGUCAAGAGGAGUUGAGAAUCUGAUGGCAUGGCUUUGAUUACCUUGCGGAGGAACCUUUACCAUUUAUCCGAUUUUCGGAUACAUGGAGCGCUGGCCGCUCUGAAAAAUCACCCCGUAAACCAUGUUCGCAAGACGGUCAAGGGGCAUCUGUGUCCGUGGUUCCCUUCACUACAACCCGAGCCUUGCAGGGUCAGGUUCCAUCAUGCCUGUUGUAAAAAGUUCCACUCGGAAAACGGAGACGCCCUGCAUCCACUUGGUGAGCCAGUGGUCUCUCAAGCGCAUGAUUGGGCUGGGCCUGAACAAAAUCCUGAAAGCCUGGAUGAACAGAUGUUUUACAGGAGACUCAACGACUUGGAUUCCUCAGAAGACGUGUUACAUUUUAUAGGCACGCUGCAACCUUUGCCUGACAGCCUGGCAGCAGGAGCCUUGCAACGGAUCUGUGAAGUGGAAAAAAAAGAUGGCAGUCACAGGCUGCCAAAAGGAAUACUAGAGAACGGUGUCUUUCAGGCUUUAUGCGUUCGGUUUGAGCAGGAAUCCCCGAGUCUGUCGGACGCUGCUUUGGUGACUGCUUUGCAAGCUCUGAGUCUGUUGUACGUGGGCCCUCAGAGUAACCUGUUACUAAACCUGGUGGCAGAAAGCCGCCAUCGUGUCAACAGAGGUGGCCUGGAAGUCCGCAGUCUCUGUAUCCUUGGGGAAAGUCUGAUUAGACUGCAGGGUCCAGGCGGUGAGACACUAGAACUGAUUAUAUAUCAACUGCAAGGGGAAAAAUUGGAAACAUUUGCCCCUGAGGAUAUUGUGGCCCUUUAUAGAAUACUGCAGGCAUGUGCUGAAAAAGUGGACCGACACCAAGCGUUUCUAAACAAGAUAAACAGCUUUUCCCUGUCGGUCGUUUCCAACUUGAGUCCUACGCUGAUGAGUCAAAUGCUCACUGCCCUAGUGGCUCUUGAUCAAACUCAAGCACUUCCUCUGGUUAUAAAAUUGGGAAAAUACGCUGUGAGGCAUAUCCCUCAUUUUACUCAUGAAGAGCUCAGAAAAGUCCUGGAGGCUUUCAUAUACUUUGGGCACAAUGACCGAUUUUUUACAACAGCCCUGGAGCGACAUGUGGCCUCACUGUGUCUCACUUUGGAUCCUGAGGUCAUCAGCACAGUCAUGGAGUACUGCGGUAGGAAACAGAUUCUUUCAAAACCCAUCUUCGAUGCGGUGGCGGAAACUUUUGUUGGCCAGUCAGAGAAAUUUUCACCUCGUCAGGUUUCCGAGUUAAUUGAACCGUUUGGAAAACUCAAUUAUUUGCCACCGAACGCCUCUGCUUUAUUCAGAAAGCUAGAAAACCUGUUACUCACUCGUUUCGAUUGUUUUCCACCCAAAACGUUAUUGAAAAUUCUCCAUUCGUGUUCACUCAUCGAAUGCCAUCCGGUCAACUUUAUGGCAAAAAUAUUCAGCCCUUAUUUUCUUCAGCAGCUGCAAGGGGAAGAAUCGUCCGUGGACAGACUGAGCCUCGCACAGCUGACCCAACUGUUCCUAACCUCAGUGCUAGAAUGCCCUUUCUAUAAGGGUCGGAAACUUCUUCCUAAAUAUCAAGUGAGGUCAUUUCUUACUCCGUGCUGUUCUCUGGAGACGCCUAUGGAUUUUCAGCUUUACAGAUCUGUGAGGAUUGGACUGAUUGACCUUCUGGGCGCAAGAAUGUAUUUUGCUUCAAAAGUGUUAACGCCCUAUUGUUAUACAAUAGAUGUGGAAAUUAAAUUAGACGAAGAAGGAUUAGUAUUGCCAUUUACGAUUGACGAAGAUGUGCAUAAAAGGUUAGCACUAUGCAUUGAUGAUCCAAAAAGAUUUUCUCUGAAUAGCAGACACUUACUGGGAAAGGAAGCUAUUAAACAGAGACACCUGCGCCUGCUUGGUUAUCAGGUUGUUCAGAUCCCCUAUUAUGAGAUUGAGAUGCUAAAAUCAAGAGUUGAAUUGGUGGAAUAUUUGCAGAGAAAACUAUUUCCUCACAACGUGGGCGUUCGUUGGUAACAAGAAGGAAUACUGGCCUCAGGACUCGGUGAACCAACUUGUGUUUUCUUGGGACUCGGUACAAAGAAGGAUGUAAAAGGAUGGAGGUUGUGAGUUGGCCGUGAUCCGGAAAGGGUCUGUGGUUUUCCUUAUACCGUGUAUACGCUUACCAGUGGUAAAUUUAAAAUAAAUUUUUAUUUUUAUUUUUAUUUAA